AUGUCAACAACACUUACUACCUUUCCUUUUGAAGUCUUACCUAUUUUCGAAGAAGUUCUUGUUUUGGAAGCAGUUGAGACCCCAAAGAUCCGCUGCGACCUUGCUGCUUUGCAGUUCAAGUUCAAUCAUGUACAGUUCGACAAGCCGACGUCCUCGAAAAUAGUCACAUCUUCCAUAAUCAUAGACCUUCUGCUGCUCUUGCUGAUGGCCAAGCCAGAAUGGGAUCAGCACUCGACACAAUACUCUGUUGGUCUUGACGUUAGCCGCUGGUCAGUCAUGCUUGUAAGAACUCAGAUCGUGUCACACCCCGAAGCAUCGAAAGCAUGUCGAUAUUCUUGCUGCCAGCCGUUGAUCGGUAAAGCUCGCAUGAUAUUGAAACUUGAUUCUUUCUUGACAUAA